GUUAUUUCUCUUAAAAGAGGAAUAUUGUGCAAGCAGGAUGCCAGUUUGUCAACAGUAUAUUCUUCCAUCUCUGAGGAAUCUGAGCAUGUUUAGUGUGUUGUAGUGUGAGAGGAGCAUGAUUACAAGAGAAAUGUGACACUACCGCACUCCCUCCGCUUCACUUGGGAAUGGAUUAAUGUGAAAGACUUCAUCCUUCCUAAAGGUUACAUCUAGUCAGGGUGGGAAUGCAAAACGGUGGCUGGUAAAGAGCACCCUGCCUCUCAGAUAUGCCCAGACGGGGGCUUCCUCUGCAGGGGCGGGCGCGCUGGCUUCUCCUGGGGAUAUUUUUGCUCCUUGUACUGCUGCUGUUUGCUUACCUGCUGGAGUGUACGCCGCCUGCAGAUGUAAGCCAGGUGCUGCCUGGCCUUGGAGGAGAUCCGUAUGGAAAGGAGUAUUAUCAGGCCCUCCUGCAGGAACAGGAAGAGCGACAUCUCAGCCGAGCGGCCAGCCUCAAGAGGCAGAUCGCGCAGCUCAAACAAGAACUCCAGGAGAUGAGUGAGAAACUGAGGGUACUUCAAGAAAAAAAGGAGGGUCCCGGGCCCCAGAGCCUGAUCGAUGGCAGAGAUCAAGAGCCUGGUGACCUCUUGGAGUAUUUGCACUCACAAAUUGACAAGGCGGAGGUGAAUACAGGAGCGAGGCUGCCAAGCGAGUACGCACUGGUGCCCUUCGAGAGCUUCACCACCACAAAAGUGUACCAGCUGGAGAUGGGCCUGACGCGCCACCCUGAGGAGAAGCCUGUGCGGAAGGACCGGAGGGAUGAGCUGGUGGAGGUGAUCGAAGCAGGUUUGGAUAUUAUUAAUAACCCAGAGGAAGAUGACGGACAGGAGGACAACAUCCCCAUGCAGAGGCAGAUGUUCACCGAAAGCCAUUUUUUUGAAGGACUCUACAGGACCGAGAGGGACAAAGGCACACUGUAUGAGCUCUUCUUCGCUAAAGAGAAUUCCCACGAGUACCAUCACGUCACCCUCUUUCGUCCGUUCGGGCCCCUCAUGAAAGUGAGGAGCACGUCUGUAGACACCGCCAGCACCGUCAUUAACAUCAUAGUGCCGCUGUCAGGCCGCACUGAAGCUUUUGUUCAGUUCUUGCACAACUUCAGGGAGGUUUGUAUACAGCAGGACAAGCGGGUGCAUCUCACAGUGGUGUAUUUUGGCCAAGCGGGCUUGCAGGAGGUGAAGGCGUCUCUGAGGAAAAUGUCCAGGUUUGAGCUCUGCAAAUAUUCAGAAAUUUUAGGAGCAUAGCUUGACUUGAAACUUUCUCUGUUUGCCAACAUCCUGAAUGGAGAAACUGAAAGGAAAGGAAUUUGCUGUUUACCCAUCUAAGUGAGGCAGUUGAAAUGUUCUUUUUAAACGUGGUAUUUUUUUUGACUAGCAGGAAAUAUGCUUGCUUUUUCUAAAUGAUUAAGGCAUGUAAUCUGUUUAAGUACACUACCAAGUUUGGGGUCAGUAAGAUUUUUUAUUUAUUUUUAUUAGAA